GCGUUAUAUAAAGCCCACGGGGGCCCGCAGGGGAGUCGCUUCUUGCUUAGUCCUUCUCGCGGAGGGUCCUUCGAGGUAUUUAUUUUGAGCCGGUGCGGCGGUAAGCAGCAACAAUGUCUAAGGGACCAUCUGUUGGCAUUGAUCUUGGCACUACCUACUCCUGUGUGGGUGUUUUCCAGCAUGGCAAGGUGGAAAUCAUUGCCAAUGAUCAGGGUAACAGGACCACGCCAAGCUACGUUGCCUUUACAGACACAGAGAGGCUUAUUGGAGAUGCUGCGAAGAACCAAGUGGCCAUGAACCCCACAAACACGGUCUUUGAUGCAAAGCGCCUGAUUGGUCGCAGAUUUGAUGAUGCUGUUGUCCAGUCUGAUAUGAAGCACUGGCCUUUCACUGUUGUGAAUGAUGCUGGUAGGCCAAAAGUCCAGGUGGAGUACAAAGCAGAAACAAAGAGCUUUUAUCCUGAGGAGAUAUCCUCUAUGGUGCUAACCAAAAUGAAGGAGAUAGCGGAGGCGUACUUGGGAAAGACAGUUACUAAUGCUGUGGUUACAGUCCCAGCUUAUUUCAAUGACUCCCAACGCCAGGCGACAAAGGAUGCUGGAACCAUUGCUGGCCUCAAUGUACUCCGAAUCAUUAAUGAGCCAACCGCAGCUGCUAUUGCUUAUGGACUGGACAAAAAAGUUGGUGCAGAGAGAAAUGUGUUGAUCUUUGACCUUGGCGGCGGCACCUUUGACGUCUCCAUCCUCACCAUUGAAGAUGGCAUCUUUGAAGUCAAGUCAACGGCCGGGGACACCCACUUGGGUGGCGAGGACUUUGACAAUCGAAUGGUCAACCAUUUCAUCGCCGAGUUCAAACGCAAACACAAGAAGGACAUCAGUGAGAACAAGCGAGCCGUCCGUCGGCUCCGCACUGCCUGUGAGCGUGCGAAGCGUACCCUUUCCUCUAGCACUCAGGCCAGUAUUGAAAUCGAUUCCCUGUACGAGGGCAUUGACUUCUAUACCUCAAUUACUAGAGCUCGCUUUGAAGAGCUGAAUGCUGACUUGUUCCGUGGCACUCUGGAUCCCGUGGAGAAAGCCCUGCGGGAUGCGAAGCUCGAUAAAUCUCAGGUACAUGACAUUGUCCUGGUUGGCGGGUCCACCCGAAUCCCCAAAAUCCAGAAGCUGCUUCAGGACUUCUUCAACGGCAAAGAACUCAACAAGAGCAUCAAUCCUGAUGAAGCUGUAGCUUACGGAGCAGCUGUUCAAGCUGCAAUUCUCUCCGGGGACAAAUCUGAAAAUGUCCAGGACUUGUUAUUGCUAGAUGUCACUCCUCUGUCUCUGGGCAUUGAAACAGCGGGUGGGGUCAUGACUGUCCUGAUCAAACGCAAUACAACCAUCCCCACAAAGCAGACUCAGACCUUCACGACUUACUCUGACAAUCAGCCAGGUGUGCUGAUCCAGGUUUAUGAAGGGGAGAGAGCCAUGACCAAGGACAAUAACUUGCUAGGCAAGUUUGAAUUAACUGGCAUUCCUCCAGCUCCCAGGGGGGUUCCUCAGAUCGAAGUGACGUUUGAUAUUGAUGCCAAUGGUAUCCUCAAUGUGUCUGCUGUGGAUAAGAGUACCGGCAAGGAGAACAAGAUCACAAUCACAAAUGAUAAAGGUCGUCUGAGUAAGGAAGACAUUGAGCGUAUGGUCCAGGAAGCUGAAAAAUACAAGGCAGAAGAUGAGAAGCAGCGUGACAAGGUGUCUUCUAAGAAUUCCCUAGAAUCUUAUGCUUUCAAUAUGAAGGCAACUGUAGAAGACGAGAAACUUCAAGGCAAGAUAAGUGAUGAUGACAAGCAGAAGAUUUUGGACAAAUGCAAUGAGAUUAUCAACUGGCUGGAUAAGAAUCAGACUGCCGAGAAGGAAGAAUUUGAGCAUCAACAGAAGGAGCUGGAGAAGGUCUGCAACCCCAUUAUAACCAAGCUGUACCAGAGUGCUGGUGGGAUGCCUGGAGGCAUGCCAGGUGGCUUCCCUGGUGGCGGAGCACCCCCCUCUGGAGGAGCAUCUUCUGGACCAACGAUUGAGGAGGUCGAUUAAAGCGCUCCAGAAACGACAUUCCCAGAAUUCAACUUCAGAACUUGAAGGACUCAAACUAAUUUUACAAGGGCAUUCUUGAUACUUUUAAACGACCACAGGGAGGGGAAGGGCAAACAUUGCACUUUACCAGUACUGUAAAAAAACAAAUAUACGGAAAUGCAACUUGAGUCCCAAUAAACAAGAUUUAUUUAAUUGGCAACAUAAA